GUGUCAGAUAUUCAUAUCAGUAGAUUUCGGGAUCCCAGACGAGCUCCUGACUUUGAAAAAUUCUGUUCUGAAACAAUUGAUAUAAUUCAGCCAACACUUGUUCUAGCAACAGGUGACCUGACAGAUGCAAAGACAAGAGAUAAACUGGGAUCUGAGCAGGUAGAAGCAGAAUGGAAAACCUACCAGGCAAUCCUGAAGAGAUCAAGGGUCAUGGAAAAAACCAAGUGGAUAGACAUUAAAGGGAAUCAUGAUUCAUUCAAUAUUCCAUACCUGAAUAGCAUUCGGAAUUAUUACAGGAAAUACUCUGCCUGGCAUAAAGAUGGCUCUUUCCAUUACAUCCACACCACCCCUUUUGGGAACUAUUCAUUCAUCUGUGUGGAUGCCACGCUCAGCCCAGGCCCUAAGAGACCCUAUAAUUUCUUUGGGAUUUUAAACACGAAUCAAAUGAAAGAACUAUCUUUGAUGGCAACACAAAGUCUGCACAGCAAUCACACACUCUGGUUUGGCCAUUUUCCCACCUCAACAAUCAUCUCCCCAGCCCCAGGAAUACGAGCACUGAUGAGUUCUGCCACGGCCUAUUUAUGUGGACAUCUCCAUACACUGGGUGGGCUGAUGCCAGUCUUGCACAGUCAGCACCGUGGUGGCACUCUGGAACUUGAACUGGGAGACUGGAUGGAUAAUAGGAGGUACCGGAUCCUUGCAUUUGAUCAUGACCUCCUGAGCUUUGCAGAUCUUACCUUUGAAGAAUGGCCUGUGGUCCUCAUCACCAAUCCCAAAUCGUUCCUUUACAGCAGUUCUGCUCAUGAACCACUAGUCAAAAUUCUUUAUUCCACUCAUAUCAGAAUCCUGGCCUUCUCUCCUUCUGUCAUCACCUCUGUCGAAGUCUAUAUAGAUGGUGCUUACCUGGGGAACGCACAUCAGGUAUCUGGGCCUCUCUAUGUACUGAAGUGGAGCCCGCAGAACUACAGCGAAGGGUUCCAUCACAUAGAUGUGACUGUCCAGGAUGCUUCAGGUAGAAUUAGCACCCGGAGUCAUACGUUUGCUAUGGAAGAAACCCUCUCUCUUAGAUUUGACUUUUGGCCAUCUGUUAUCCUCCUCACCGACCACUAUGUUCUAGCUCGUGUGCUCUUUGGACUGAUAGUGCUGAUUCAGAUCGCCUUGCUUGUUAUUUUCCGGUAUCUCCAAAAGCCAGCACUCAAAGAAAAGCCAGGGUUACUUACUCUGACCUCGUAUUCCCUUCAUGUCUUCAGUAAAAUGAACACCUUCUAUUACUCAAUUCUGGUUCUGAAUUUAUACACCAUUCUGGGACCAUGGUUUGUAGGUGAACUGAUAGAUGGCCACGUGGGGGCCUGCUUUUCCUUUGGGGUCUUCGUUGGUGGUUCCUUCUUACAGGGCAGUCUGACAUUUGUGGUUGGGAUUUUACAGAUGUUGUUUUUCAACCUGCCAUUGAUGGCCUAUCUGUGCUGGUGCCUGCUGCUGCGAUGCCAGGGUCACAGCUUCUGUUCUCACAUCCGUCAGGUCCGACACGUCAUGGCUGUGCUUGUUCACCUGGCAAUGACACUCCUCCUGGCCUGGCAGGUCUAUUCCUGCUAUUUCCUGCAGCGAACCUAUGGGACGUUGGCAUUCUUCCUCUCCCCGAUGAGAACGUGGCUGGUGGUGCUGACCUCAGCUCUGAUUUAUAAGACUUGGACACUGAAAUCAUCUGAGCUCAGAACUUAUAUUGCAGAAAUGAAAAACUGUCAGAGCUUAUGA